AUGAAUCAAUAAUAUCUGCAAGUUCCUAUGUCUUAAAGUAGACAAUCAAUGACUUACGAAAAGUAUUAGACUACUUCAGGGAUAGUUGCAAGCACAGAUAAACGCAUUGUUGACAAUAAUUUGAGCGGAAGAAAAAGUACUCUUUUUGAAGAUAAACGAUAUGAGGAAUUACUUCAAGAUAAUCGAAAAUUGAAAGAAGUUAUUGAGCAAUUAGAUAAGGAUAAUUAGUAAUUAAAGUAGAUGUCAGGGGAGAGCUAUAACCUAAAAUAGAAAUAUAUGAUUGCAUAAGCAGAAUUAGAGGCGGCAUAACAGGAGCUAGCCAAAUUGAGAUCACAACUCUUGAUGAGAAAUUCUUAGGAUGCUGAAUAAUCAACUCUUGUGACUAGAUACAAAUAAGAUGUAUCUACAUUGACUCAGCAACAGAUAUAAUACUAGCAAGAAAUAUCCCAGUUAAAUGCUUUGCUAGAAUAAUAAAGGAAACAAGUAGAAGAAUUCUUAAGAUUAAAAAGUAAAUAUGAGUAGGAUGUCCAGACCUAUAGAAGCAGGGCUUAGAAUUUAGAGAUAGAAAUUAGGCAAGUGAAAGAGUAAAGGAACUCUACAACUUAAAAUGAAAUAAUUAGAUUGACUUAAGAAAUUGCAAGGUAUCAAUCUGAAGUGUAGGUUCGAUCAUCAGAUAAAGAAUUAUAUGAAAGAACAAUCUCUACUUUAAAUGAUAAAAUUAAGGAGAUGGAUAAUGACAUUUAGAUAUUAAUCGAAGCGCAAAAUUAAAAUUAAUAUAAAUUGGAAUCUGCCAUGGCUGAAUCGAAGAGUAAUAUGUAGUAUCAAAUCGAUUAAUUAAAAUAAGAAAUGACAUUCUAUUAAACAUAAUGUAAAUAGUGGCAGGAGAAGUGUUAAACUGUAGAAAUGUAAAAGGAAGAAAGUGAAAGAAGAAUCAUUUAGAUGGAAAUUAGAAUAAAUGAAACAAAAAAAUAAAUUGAGUAAUAAUAGAAUGAUAAAGUGUAAAGAGAAAGUUAUCAAAUUCACACUAUUCAAAAUGAAUUGGAAAGUUGGAAACAAAAAUAUAUAUCCUUAGAAAUUAAGAUGAAGGAUUAUGACAAUUAUAGAAUGCAAUUAAUUUAAUUGGAAGAAUAAUCAAAUUUUUAUAAAAAUGAAAAUGAUUAAAUGAAAGAGGAGUUAGAAAUCUUGAUUGCUGAAAUUAAAUAAUUAUAAGAAUAAAAUAAUGGAUAUCGUUUGAGUAUUACAUAAUUAGAAAGUCAAGCAAGAAAUAGUGUUGAAAAUGAUAGAUAUAAGUCAUAAAUUAGAAAUUUAGAAAAUACUAUAAAUCAAUUGAAUCAAUAAAUAAAUGCAUAUAAAAUAGAAACCAAAGAGCUUGAAUAAUAAGUGAUUUAUCAUUAGAAUAAGAAUACUAAUGUUGAUUAUUAGGUCAGAGAAAAAGAAGAAACAAUUUCAAAGCUUUAAUACAAACUAAAUAAUAUGGAAAAAGAACUAAGAGUUAUUUUUGAGGAAUAAUUAAAAAUAGAGAAAUAAGAUUGGGAUCGAUAAAAAUAAUAAUAAAUAGACGAUCAAUUACAAAAGAUAACAAAGAAAUAUGAAUCGGAAAUCUCUACUUUGAGGUAACAUUUUUCCUCUUUAGAAAUAGAGAAUCAAACUUUAACAAAAUAGUAUGAAAGAUUAAAAAAAGAAGGAGAAAUGAGUUUCUAAAGAUAAUCAGAAAAAGAAAAAAGCAGAAUUAUUGAACUAGAAAGAUAGAUUAUUUAAUUAGAGAAUUAAUUAUCCUUAUAAAAGAAAGAAUUUUCAUUAAAAAUUGAGGAAGUCAAUUAAUCAUCCAAUCUCAAGGAGUAUUAUGAGAUUUAACUUAAGUAGAUUAAUGAGAAAUUACAAAGAGAAUAAAAUUAGGUUAAAUAAUUGAAUGAGCAAUUGUUAAUUGAAUAAAAAAAGAUUUUAGAUUCAGAAACUAAAUAUUCUAGAGAAAUAAGAGAUAUUAAAUUAUAAUAAGACAAGAGAAUUGAAAUUCAAUAAAAUACAUAAUUUUAAUUUGAAUGGGAAAAUCAUCAAAAAGAUAUGGAAAAGUUGAGAAGAGAAUAUAGAUUGAUUGAAUAAGAAUAUUAAGAGAUGGAAGUUCAAGUGAAGUUGUGGAAAGAAAAGUUCUAUGAUGAAUAACAGAAGCAUUAAGAUAUCAGACAAUAAUUGAUUGAAAUACGAUCUUAAUAUGAAUCUCAUACAAUUGUUAAUACAUAAUCAGACUAUGACAAACAAAGAUAUCAAGAGCUUGAGAUGGAAAUAAUUUAAUUAUAAGAAUAGAUGAGAUUAUUUUCAAUUCGGGAAGAAAAAUAUAAAGAAUAAAUUACAACUUAUUCUAUGACUAUAGAAAAACAGAAAUCUAAUUUUGAUGAUUUGAAGAAAAUCAAACACUUGGAGUAUGAAAUUGAAUCUCAAAGGAUUUAAUAUAGAGAUUUAGAAAGAUAAUUACAGGAUAAAUCAAUAGAAUAUGAGAAAUUGCUGAAAAAAAAAUAAGAAGUAAAACUUGAAACAAUUGAAAUUUCAUCAAACUCUGAUAAGUUAAAAAUUUAAGAAUUGGAAUCCUAAAUACAAAUAUUAAGAUUGUAGUUGUAAUAAUUAAAUAGUUCAAAGUAAGAAGUGAUAAGAGAGACAAUACGAGAAACAGUGCAAGUAAGAAGUUCGGAAGACAUCAAAAUGAUUGCACAAUUAGAGGAAGAAUUACAAUUAUGGAAAACAAAAUAUUACGAAUUAGAUAGAAGAAAGAAUUAAGUAGUAGUUGAAACUAUCAGAGAGGUCUAAUCCCUGGAGAGUGAUAAAUAAAGAAUAUAAGAAUUAGAAUAUUAGCUUCAAUCAUUAUCCUCGAAAAAAUAAGAAGUAAUUAGAGAAUAUAUAACAGAAACCAUUGAAGUUCCAUUAGAAUCAGACAAAUUAAAAAUAAGGCAACUUGAAACUCAAUUGAGUAAUAUUCAAAGGGAUUAUCAAUUAUUAAGUUAAAAAAAAUAAGAGGUUAUUUAGGAAACAAUCACGGUUGAAGUACCAAAUUAAGCAGACAAAUACAGAAUCUAGCAAUUAGAAUCACAAUUAUCAUAAGUUAGAUAAGAAUUGUAAGUUGUAAGCCUCAAAAAGUAAGAAGUAAUAAAAGAAAUAGUGACAGAAAGGAUUGAAGUCCCAAUGGAAUAGGACAGAUUGAGAAUUAAUCAUUUACAGGAACAAUUGUCAAGAUUACAAAGAGAUUAUUAGAUAUUGGAUCAAAAGAAAUAAGAGGUAAUAAAGGAAACAAUAACUGUGGAGGUUUCUUCUUAAGCUGAUAAAUUGAGAAUUUAGCAAUUAGAAUCUUAAUUGUCUGAAUUAAAAACUCAGCUAUAAUUAAUAAUAUAAAAAAAAUAGGAAGUGAUAAGAGAAAUAAUUACAGAAAGAGUUGAAGUAUCUUCAGAAGCUGAUAAAUUUAGGAUUAGACAACUUGAAUAAUAGAUAGAAGGUUUAAAUAAGAAUUAUGAAAUAUUGAACAAAAGGAAGUAAGAAGUAAUAACAGAGAGAAUUACAGUUGAAGUUCCUUCAUAGGCUGAUAAAUUGAAGAUCUAAUAGCUUGAGACACUACUUACUUAAUUAAGAUAGGAACUGUAGAUCGUGAGUUCAAGGAAAUAGGAGGUUAUUAAAGAAGUUGUGACAGAAAGAGUUGAGGUGCCUUCAUAAGUAGAUAAAUUAAGAAUUUAACAAUUAGAAUAGCAAUUGGAUAAUGUCAGAUACGAAUUAUAAAUUUUAUCACAGAAAAAACAAGAAAUUAUUAGAGAAGUAGUGACGGAAAGAGUGGAAGUUAGUAGGGAGUCUGACAGAAAAAGGAUUUUGGAAUUAGAGUCGGAUUUAUAUAAAUUGUAAUAAGACUUCAUAAAUUUGAAUAAAAUUAAAUCUGAAGUUGUAAAAGAAACUGUUACAGUUGAGGUACCAUCAUAAGCAGACAAAUUUAGAAUUUAACAAUUAGAAACUCAAUUAUCAUAAGUUAGAAGUGAGUUGCAGAUUGUAUCAGCUAAAAAAUAAGAUGUCAUUAGGGAGACAGUAACAGAAAGAAUAGAAGUAUCUUCAGAAUAGGAUAAAAUGAGAAUUAGGUAAUUAGAAUAAUAAUUAAAUUCAUUGUAAUAAGAUUAUUUCACGUUGAAUUAGAAAAAGUAAGAGAAAAUAAAAGAAACUUUAACUGUUGAAGUGCCCUCUGAGACAGAUAGGUAUAGAAUAAGGUAACUUGAGUCCCAAUUAUCAUCAUUAAAAGAAGAUUAUAAUGGAAUUCAAGUUGAAAAUCAGAAUUUGAAAAUUUAAAACAAAAGUCUUUAAACUACAAAUUAUGAAUACUAAGAUCAAGUGAGAAUAUUUUAGUCAAAAUUAGAAGAAAACUCAAAGUAACGAUCUAUUGUUAUUUAAUUUGAGAGGAAAGAACAAGAAUUAUUGGAAUAGAUUUAGAGUUUAGAGGCUCAAAAAGUUAGAGAAAUAAAGGAAUUAAAAAUUUAGAUUGAAUUUCUGCAAAAGGAGAAUUAAAAAAUAAAUGAUAUGAUGAGAAUUAAGGUUGAGGAGAGUGAAUAGUGGAAAAGAAAGUAUUAAACAGUUUAGAGUGAAAUGUCAUCAAAUUCAAGUGAAUCAGAAUCUUUGAGAAUGUAAUUGAAGUCACUGGAGUAAAGUAGGGAAACGAUAAAGUUAGAAUUAGAUAAAGUAAAUAAAAUGUACUUCUAAAGUUAAAAUGAAUAUACUUAAUAUAAGUCAAAAUGCAAUGAGCUUGAAUUAAGAAUUAAAUAGAUUAGUAGAGAGAAUCAGGAAUACUAGGAGCGAUAUCAAUAAAUUGACUUUGAAAAAAUUAGCAGGCUAGAAUAAGAAAACAGAAGAAAAACAGAAACUAUAUAACAAUUAGAAGUUUAAUUGAGAAAUCAAGUUUCCAUAAAAGAUCUUUAAAGUUAAAUAUCUAAUAAAGAUAAAUAGAUCUUUUAAUUACAAGAAAACAUUUCAGAAUUACAAGGUACUAUUCGAAGUCUGAGAGUAGAAAAUUAGACAAUUUCUGAAUAAACAAAUAAAUAAUAAGUUAUUGUUAGAGAAACAUAAAACAAUUAAAAGAUAGUAGAGUUAGAGACAAGAAUAUAGGGUCUUAAUCAAGAAAUCUAGAGACAGAUUUAAAUGAAGGAUUAGAUAUAAAUAAAGCAUGAUAAAUUGAUUGAGAGAGCCACUGAGUACGAAUCAGAAAUUAAUAUUCUUAGAAAUGAGUUACAAAAAAAAAGAUUUAGUUCUACGAAUAAUGGACCAAUUGUUUCUAAAACUUUUGAAAUUCAUAAAAUAGGAGAAAUGGUAAAUAAUGGUACAGGAUUGGUUUCAGGAUUUAAUUUAGAAGAUACUAGAAAAAUAAAAUCAAUCGUUAGCACGCAAUAAUAUAAAUCUGAUAUAUCAAAUUCAGCAUCUGCCGUUAAGGAAUCCUAGUAAUCUAUGAAAUCAAAUUCAUAGGUGUAACCAUUUAAUCCUUUAAGAAGCGAUUUGAUCAAGUCAAAGGCUUAAUUAAAUAGAAUGGACGAAAAAUCUUAUCAAUGA